AUGACUGGAGACCCAUUGGCCAUGGAAACCCACUGGGUGAUCUUGGCCAAGUCAUAUUUCCUUGGCCCCAUGGGAAGGAGCCAAAUCUCUACAGAGCCUGUGACAACUCAACCCAGUCCUACAGGUGCAGCUACAUCCAGUAUCACUACCAUCAUACAUACUGGAGGCAACUGGUCUACUGGCUUGUUUGAUGUCUGCAGUGACAAGAAAGUUUGUUUGUGCGGUUCAUUGUGCUUCCCGUUCUUAGAAUGCAGUCUUGCAAGCCGCCAUGGAGAGUGCCUUUGUUUUCCACUGUUGCUGGGCUCCACCAUGGCAUUAAGAGCUGGCACCAGAGAGAGAUAUAAAAUACAUGGAACACUCUGUGAAGACUGGAUGGCAGUUCAUUGCUGCUGGCCUUUUGCAGUCUGCCAAAUGGCCCGAGAAAUGAAGAGGAGACCUAUAUUCCAGCUCUACAAAGUGCACCGAUCUUCUAUGCCGCCUCCAUUCAGAAGUGCCCUUGUUUAAAAACUUCCCAAAGAGCAUAAGUCAUAUAAUGUUUUCCCCCAGAAUGUUGAUUUUUUAAUGUAAUACAUUUCUUUAUUUAUAUUUUUCUCAGGGUAAGAUUUCUUUCACUCCCUCCACCAUGCACCUUUUUCUUUUCCAGGGAAGGGUGUUAAGUAACAGCCUAAUUCCAAAAGGAGUAGGCUAUUUAGUAGAUUAGAAUGCCAGUCAGAGCAGAGCUGCCUUCAGGAUUGACACUGCCAGGCAUCUACUGAGGCUAAUGGUGUGCAGCUUUCUAGCUUCUCAGAAUAAAAUUAAAGGCAUCAUUUUAAUUGUCCAAUAAUAUUACUUUUAAGAAAUAAGAUAAUUAUAUGGCAAUAGGUGGAGUUCAUUCUGACGCGAACAUAUGGAAACUGACAUAGACUAAGGAUAGAUGCCCAGUGGAGUUUAUUUUCUGCAUUUCAGAUAACAAGUUGAUUUAUUGAAGAGCUUGUACAGCACAACGGCUAGGAAGGAACUGUAACCCCAAAAGUCUCAGCUUCACUACAAGUUAAUUAGGCAAUGCACUUUAUUCCAACCUCACAUUUCAUCUGUAAUCAUUAGACAGCAAACAUCUUAGCCUACAGUAUGCAAAGGGACUUUGUAACUCUUUGGAGACUUUUAUCACCUUAUUACAUUGAGAAAUUUUGCAGGUGUAGCACACUUUAGCUUCUUUUCAAGCAUGGAGAGCUCAUCACAUGAGUUAAACUAGGGGGAAGUGUGCUGAAAGGAGGGAACUUUGGCAAUCUGACCUCAUCACGUUGAGAAAUUUUCCCCUCGUAGUACACUUCAGCCUCUUUUUGAGCAUGGAGGGGCACGGAGCUCAUCACAUGUUCCAGGAUUGAAAAGAGGCUGAAAUGUCCUGAAAGGAGGGAACUCUGAACAUGGGCCAGCAAUCGUGCCCAGAGCUCCUACCUCUUACCACACUUUACUCACAUCUUGACAAUUGAAAAAACAGGUGUGAUGCUGUCAGCAGUCUCUUGUAUCCUAUGGGGUUCAAUGCAGAACAAUAGGCUCUCGUGGAAAGCAAUGGUUUAAACCCGGAUCACUGUUUCUUUUAUCCUAUGGAGUUCAGGGCAGAACAAUAGGAUUUCAUUGAAAGAAGUGGUUUUAAACUGGUGCCAGUCACCUUUAAUGUAAGGGACUUUGGGCAGGGCAAGGGAGCUCUUGGUUUUCGGAUAUUGUUGUAUCUCCUGGUUUUAAAAAAAGAUAAUACUUACCGUGUGAUGAAUGUAAAUUUAUUGGCAGCUCUUAAGUUUCCACAUGUGAGUGUGAUGGGGAGGCAGAACUCAAAAUGGGACUGCUGAUGAUAUAAGAGGGGUGAAUCUUUACUUUUAAAGGGACGGUCACCCAUGCUUUCCCUUCUCAAUGUGAUAAGGUAUAGUGAGAAAAUUAAGUUGCUGCCACUGGUUUUCAAAGACAUAGAACACAUUUACAUAUGGAAAAUACCAUGGGAGUGAAUGAGAAUUGCUUUAUGACAUCCACAUGACACAUGAAGCCAUCUUGUCAGGGGAUGCUCUAAAGCUUCCUCGAAGCUCCAGAGCAGCACUGGACUUCAGGGUCUAUGUGAACAUGAGAGUCAGUUCUGAAUUGAAAUUGGCCCUGCUGCCCACAUGCUCAUCCUGCUUUCCAUCAUGGGUACAAGAGGGUGGCACUUACCUCUGUUGCCAUUUGUCACCACAGUGCUGCAGAGAGUUCCUAGUCAUUGCUAAUUGCCUUUGCUGAUGUUAGCAAAGGUACUGUGGGACUUGUAGAGGAGAUUGAGAAAGGAGAGGGAUCACUCCUCCUUCCCCCCUCCCUUCUUCAAGUUAUGUGGCACAUUUACUAAUGUGACACAUGAAUUUUCUGGGGCUGAGAAUGUGUGACUUGACCAAGACCUCCCAGUGGGUUUCCAUGGCUGAGCAAGGAAUUUAAUCCUGGUCUCUGGAAUUAUAGUGAAAUUCUCAAAGCAUUACACCACACAUUUUCUCUUAUGUUCUCCUUCCACAAAUGGAUAGUUUUGAUAUUUUUUUUCUAGAAAAAUCAAAGCAAUUUUCAGAGGAAAUGAGCUAUUUGUUUCCUCUUUUCACCUUAUUUAACAAAAACUAGGAAGCAUGCCUAUGGUUUAAAGCUCACAGGGUUAAACUACUUAAGGAUUCCUAGGUCUUUCAGCUGUUAUACAAGCAAUUACCCCUGACAAAUGAUUUGAUGCAAACUCUCUAGCUCUGUGGCAAUUCAUUACCUCAAUGUAUAAGAUGAGUUUAAAUUCUGCUCAUCAUGAACGCAUGCUACUGCUCAUUGUACUGGGCCAUUUGCUGUAAUUUGCUACAUUUGGUGCACUUCUGCAAGGCUUACCCCCUCCAGUCCCACAUUACUCCUAAAAAACAAUUCAGUUUUGCUUUGUGUUUCGUACCUAGAAAGCCCUUUUACAUAACAAAAAAUGUGAAGGUGUCCAAGAAAAGAAAAAUGUAUAAGAAGUAGCUUGUCAGCAUGAGGUGACAACUGAGCAUGUGCAUUUCAGUGCCAGAGCAGACCCAAGUAACUGUGUCUUCAGAUGAUCACAAAGAAAUCAGAGUUGGCUUCUGAGCAAUUUUCUAUUUCUUUCUGAGGGAAAAAUGUAACAGGUUCACUACAUGGAACAUCAGCUUUGCUGUCCAACACUGAGCAGAUGCAAUAUGAUGGAAAAGGCCUCUUUCCUGCCAUUGGCAUCUCCACUAAAUAAGUGGGAUUCUAAAUUCUGAACUAGGAGAAGAGGGCCUUUGGUUUUUCCAGGUAUUUUAGACUUGGAAACCUAAUGCACAGGCCUACAAAUUGGACAUGUAAAAUUAUGUGUGGUAUAGUAUUUGAAGUACCCUUUCCCUAGGAUUACUAGAACAUAUGCAUUGGUUUGAGUGUUGGACUAUGAUUCUGAAGACUGGGGUUACAAUAUCUGCAAGAAAUUGUGAACCCAUGAAAGGUUCACUGUGCGCUGUCAUACAUCAGAAAUGACUUGAAGAGACCCACACAAGCAAUGCAGGGAAAGACAAUGAUGAAGUAUAACCUUUCCCUCUUACUACAGUACAACUCCAGUAUCUACAGAACCAUUACCUGUGGUUUCAUUUAUCCAUAUCCAACAAAAUCUGUCCUCUCUAGUCAUUUUCUCAGUUCUCCAGUGUGACUUUGUGGUAUUCUUGGGCCAGGAGCUCUUAAUUUCAGUAGGGUUCACGUCAUCCAUGGCUUCAUAUACUCCCCCAAAGUUCAGGAGUAUAUUUCCCACAGUUACAGGGGCCAUACUAUACUAUUGCCAUGAAAAAAGCAGAAAAUUCCAAGGUGUUUGAUUCUGGAAGGGAUAUUACGUUGACGCAAAUUACAGGUCAAACAAUCCCUAACGUAUAACUAAGAUUCGUAACCAAAUGGUAAAUUUAAUAGAAAAGAAUGGCUUGUUCUUUGAGACCAACCUAAUGUAAUAAUGCCCCUUUUGCUCUUUUGAUUUCCUUUUAUUAUAAACUGAAAUUAAAAAUAAAAUAAAGCAAUAAUUCAGAGUAA